AUGGAUACAGCCGGCAGGCUGUUGCGAUGGGAAAUAGAGCUGUCGGAAUACGAUGUAGAAUUCCACCCGCGCAAUGCAAUAAAAGCCCAAGCCUUGGCCGACUUCGUAGUCGAAGCAUCUUAUCAGGAGGAUGAAGCCAAAGCAGAAUCCUGGGAAGUAUCAGUGGACGGAUCAGCCGCUCAGUCGGGAGCGGGAGCCGGCGUUGUCAUGACUUCUCCGACAGGAGAUAAAUUCGAAUACGCAAUUAGAUUCACUUUUACAGCUUCGAACAACGAAGCAGAGUAUGAGGCAGCCAUCGCAGGGGUACAGCUAUGUUUGUUGGCAGAUGCCAAGAGGAUAAUAAUGACAACAGAUUCUCAGUUGGUGGCGAAUCAGUUUUCAGGAGAGUACGAAACCAAAGAACCGUCAAUGCGGCGAUACCGAGAAAAAUUGAAAUCACUCACAACGAAGCUGGAAGCUUUUGAGAUCGUACUGGUCCCUAGAGCGCUAAACACUGCCGCAGACGGCCUAGGAAAACUAGCCAGUUCGAAAGCAAUCGAGCUCAAUAGAUCAGUAAUGAUAGAGAUCAUGCACAGAAGAAGCACGGAGGAUAAAGGGAAAGAAGUAAUGGUCAUCACGGCAAACACAGAAUGGGACAACUCUAUAAAAGAGCAUUCAGCCUUUUUGCUCCGAUGUUUGACGGCAUACGAGUCCGCAAGAUUAAUCGAGGAGAUGCAUGAGGGUAUAUGUGGAAACCAUGUAGGAGGAAAGACACUUUCUUUGAUCUGCCAAAGACAAGGUUACUACUGGCCAACUAUGCUCGAGGAUGCGCAAAAUUAUGUCAAGAAAUGUGAGAAAUUCCAACUGUUCGCCCCAGUAAUACGCAUGCCAGCAAAUGAUCUGAUGCCAAUUCUUAAUCCAAAUCCAUUCGCCCAAUGGGGAAUGGAUAUUGUAGGACCCUUCACAACAGCUUCUGGGGGCAGGAAAUUCUUGAUCGUAGCCGUAGACUACUUCACGAAAUGGAUUGAGGCUGAGCCAUUAGCAAAGAUAACAGCCAACCAAGUACGGAAAUUCAUCUGUAAGAAUAUCAUAACAAGGUUCGGAAUACCGACAGCGAUAGUGUUCGACCAUGGAUGCCAGUUCGACUGCGCGCCUAUCCAGGCAUUCCUGGCGGACUAUCGAGUCAAGUUUGCAUACGCAUCAGUCUGCCACCCGCAGAGCAACGGGCAAGCCGAAGCUGCAAACAAACAAAUACUCAUAGCCCUUAAGAAAAAGCUGGAUGAAUUCAAGGGCAAAUGGGUGGAUACAGUUCCGGAAGUUCUAUGGGGUAAUCGAACGACGGUAAAAGAAGCAACAGGAGAAAGCCCUUUCAAACUGUGCUUCGGAUGGAUCAGGGCAAACUGA